AUGUACGCCCGGGCUCUCCUCGCUGUCUUGUUCCUAGCGGCUGGCUGCACCAGGAGGGCAACCGGCACCAAGGAGGGGACGGCAGAAGCACUUUACCUGCCCCAGAGCGUCGCGGAAAGACUUCUGUCCGCGGUGGACGGGGAGGAACAAAAUGUGAGAGGGCUGGCAGAUGAUCGACUACUCGACUCACUGAUGAGGUCCGUCAUGCACUCACCACAGCGAUUUGGAAGGAGCCCCUCCUUUGUGUUUCAGCCGCAGAGGUUUGGCCGUGAAAACCGAAUACCUGCGGACCACGGGGCAAAUGUUCAGAUGCAAUCGCGUACCCAGGAUACAAUUCCACCGCAGUUUUGGAAGAUGGCCAUUCCGCAGCGAUUCGGGAAGAAAAAGUAA